UUAAAGAUGAAGUGGAGGAGAAGAUUGGGACAUCUGUUUCUCAUGGAGAUCAUGUUGAGACAUUCUCUACAUCUAUAGAGCAACAGCAGGAAGAUCACAGAGCUAAGAGGUCUCACCGCUGCCCACAUUGUGAGGAGAUUUUCCCAAUUCUAUCAAAGCUAAAAAUACACCUAAGAAUACACAAAGGAGGGAAUCUGUAUUUCUGCACUGACUGUGGGAAGAAUUUCACAACAUCAAAGGCUAUGACAGUUCAUCAGAGAGUGCACACAGGAGAGAAGCCUUACUUCUGCUCUGACUGUGGAAAGAGUUUCUCUCGACGGGGCGACCUAAAAACACAUGAACGUAUACAUACAGGAGAGAAGCCUUACUCCUGCUCUAAUUGUGUAAAAUGCUUCACCACAUCAGGUGAGCUAAAAAUUCACCAGAGAACACACACAGGAGAGAAGCCAUACUCCUGCUCUGACUGUAGGGCGAGGUUCUCUCAACUGAGCCACCUAAAACAGCAUGAACGUAUACACACAGGAAAGAAGCCGUACUCCUGCUCUGACUGCGUAAAAUGCUUCACAACACCAUCUGAACUAAAAGUUCAUCAGAGAACACACACAGGAGAGAAGCCUUACUUUUGCUCUGACUGUAGGGCGAGUUUCUCUCAACUGGGAAACUUAAAACAACAUGAACGUGUACACACAGGCGAGAAGCCUUACUUCUGCUCUGAUUGUGGAAAGAGUUUUUCUCGACGGGGCCAUUUUAAAACACAUGAGCAUAUACAUACAGGAGAUAAGCCUUACUCCUGCUCUGACUGUGGAAAGAGUUUCUCUCGACUGGGCGAUCUAAAAAUACAUGAACGUAUACAUACAGGAGAGAAGCCUUACUCCUGCUUUAAUUGUAUAAAAUGCUUCACAACAUCAGGUGAGCUAAAAGUUCACCAGAGAACACACACAGGAGAGAAGCCAUACUCCUGCUCUGAUUGUAGGGCGAGUUUCUCUCAACUGAGCCACCUAAAACAGCAUGAACGUAUACACACAGGAGAGAAGCCUUACUCCUGCUCUGACUGUAGGAAGAGUUUCUCUCAAUCGAGCCACCUGAAACAGCAUGAACGUAUACACACAGGAGAGAAGUCUUACUCCUGCUCUGACUGUGGAAAAUGCUUCACAACAUCAUCUGAGCUUAAAGUUCAUCAGAGAACACACACAGGAGAGAAGCCUUACUUCUGCUCUGACUGUGGGGCGAGGUUCUCUCAACUGGGAAACUUAAAACAACAUGAACGUAUACACACAGGAGAGAAGCCUUACUCCUGCUCUGACUGUGGGGCGAGUUUCUCUCAACCGUGCAACCUAAAAAAUCAUAAACGUAUACACACAGGAGAGAAGCCUUACUCCUGCUCUGACUGUAGAAAGAGUUUCUCUCAACUGGGCCACUUAAAAAGACACCAAGGUAUACAUAAAGGAGAGUAGCCUUACUACUGCAAUGACAGUUUCCACAGUUUUAAAUCAUCAGCUGAGCUAAACGAUCUUCAAAGAAUAUACACGGGAGAGUGGCCUUUCUUCUGCUCUUACUGUAGCAAGAGCUUCUCCCAUUGGGCAAUGUAAAAACACACCAACGGCUACAUACUUGAGAGAAACCUCAUCAGUUCUCUCAGACCAGCUGAGAUUAGUCACUCCACUUAAUUCUUCUCAUAAAACCAUUUGCAAUGUUGAAUUGGAUCAAAUGAAGAAUGUGUAGAACACUUUUAGUCUUAUUGUUUCUCACUGUGAGAGAACAAUGCAGAGAACAGGGAGCGUUAUGGAAUGAUCAGUGAGCAUCUUGUCAAUUUUGCUGACAGUUGUGAAUCUGAUGCAGCCGAAGAGCUACUGCCCCUUUACCUGGGAAAGCACCGAACAACAGACCGGGAUGUUGGACCAUCGAAGAGGUGCAAAUAUGAUGAGACCUACAUUGAUUUGGGGUUCAUUUAUAUUGGGAAUAGUGCCUUUCCUCAGCCAAAGUGUGUUUAUAGCUCACAACUGAAACCUUCACUCUUGCGCAGACAUUUAGAAAAAAGCAUGCCAAGUUGAAAAAUAAGCCACAGGAGUUUUUGAGUGAGAAUUAAGACAACUUUUGAGUAGUAAGACAUCUAUUAAAGCAACAGAUACCAUUAAUAAGAAGGGGCUAGAAGCAUCUCAUACGGUGAGCUACCGAGUGGCUAGGACAGGCAAGCACCAUACUAUUGUGGAGGACUUCAUUCUUCCUGCUUCCGUGGAUAUGGCUGGAGGAAAGGCCAAAACAAAAACUAUACCGCAUUGGUGACAUGGCAAGAGAUGUUUUGAUACAAUUACUGCUUCGUAUAUACAAGCCAGUGAAUUCUAUGGAUUACAGCUGGAUGAGUCAACAGACGUGGCGGGCCUGGCACAGCUCCUGGUAUAUGUCCGUUAUGUUUUUGGGGGGUCAAUUAAGGAAGACAUCCU